AUGAAAAGAGUAACUUCUAUUCCGGCUAUCAUUGCUCUAGUCGCUUUCCACUUAUCGCUCGCGUUCGUCAUGGAAAUCGGCGAAGCUGCCAAAGUCGUAGACAUCUGCGGCAAAAAUCAAUUUGAAAAAUGUGUAAUAUCAAUUGAUCUAGAUGGAACGACCGAGAACGAAAACACCGACGUAGUGGUUCGAGAAAUCAAUAUGGAUCUUUAUGCCGUUUGCCUACUGAAGAAGGCCAGUCUCAUGGACGAAGAUGGCAAGGUGCGGCUCAAUUUUGACAUCCUGAAAGUCCUCGAACACCUCUACGAGAAACAAGACAGCGAUCAGCUUUUGGGCUUGGCGCUGAUCGCGAGGGCUCUGCAAAAGUGUCGUCGAGCGCGUGGCAAAGAUCGGUAUUUCAAAGCCGCCAACAUCGUCAAGUGCUUGCUGGAUAAUCAGGGGACGACGAUUCGCUGCGCGGGAUGA